GAUGUACAGUUGUCAUUUGAGCGGACGCGCUUUGUAGGUACAAAGUUCUGUCUUGAAAUCCCAUGACAGUGUACCUACAGGUGCAUGACAACAGGGCGAGGGGCGUAGAAGAACAGAGAGAUGGCAGACGCCUAUCCAGUGUUGGUGACAGGUGGCACUGGUUGCCUGGGGCAACACCUCAUCAAGUUUCUCCACACACAUGCUCUGCAUGUAACCGAGAUCCGAGUUUUAGACAUGGCGCCUUUCACCAAGAAACUUGAGUAUGAGGAGAGAGUGCCAGUCAUAAGCAUCACUGCAGACAUUGGGGAGUUAACUAACACGUCAUCGUUCCAAGGAGUGAAAACUGUGUUCCAUCUCGCCUCCAUCAUCAGUGUCAACAAUUUCCCCGACACUGCGAAAAUGGAGAGAGUUAAUGUCAAAGGCACCAAGAACAUACUGGAGGCCUGUCUUCAGGCUGGGGUUGAACGCAUGGUGUACUGCAGCACCGUUGAUGUUGUAUGUGGCUUUGACAACAUCAUGGAUGGCGAAGAGCACACAACUAGAACCCCAGGCAGACUGAUCUACGAGGGCUAUGGUGGCACCAAACUCAGGGCAGAGGAAGCAGUGCUGACCUCUAGUGGUCAACCCCUACAGUCAGGUUCGAGGUUCCAGGCAGUGUCUCUGAGACCCACAGUGUUCUUUGGAGAACUGGAUACCCACUACAUCCCCUCAGUGCUGAAGAUGGCCCACCGAAACGGCGGAGUGUUGGUUCAGAUCGGCAACGGAUCGGCUCUCUACCAGCAUACCUAUGUCGGCAACGUGGCCUGGGCUUUCAUCUGUGCUGAACGGACUCUCAGAUCAGCGGCAGGUGAGGAGAGCAUCUCAGGACAAGCGUACUUCAUCACCGAUGACUGCCCACCAUGCAGUCUUCCUGAACAGGUCCUCCCCUUCCUCCGCGGCAGAGGAUUCCGGCUCUCUACGUACAGAAUACCAUUUUUCAUUGUGUACUCUGCAGUUCGGUUUACUGAGGGCCUGCUGUGGCUUCUGUCACCCCUCACCAAGAUUGAUCUUGGCUUCUCAGCUUUUUCAAUUUGGUACGCCAACAUGACCUUGACCUUUAAGAGCAAGAAGGCAAGACAUGAGCUUGACUAUUCACCUUUGUUCACACCAGAGGAGUCAACAGCCCAGGCUAAUGACUAUUACUCCAAACUUACAUUGACAUGACAUGGAGAAAUGAAUAUUAGAAACAGAUGCUAAGACCUUGACCUUCACUUGACCUCAGGAACAAGCAACGUCACUUGACCUCAGGAACAAGCAAGGAUGCUCAUUUGAACGUUGGCAACACAGUGGUGACAGCAGUUCUAACACCUUGACCUUCAACUUGACCUUAACCUCAAGAACAAGAUGGUAUGCUGACAGAGUAUUAACACAUGUAAUGGCAUACACUUACCACUGAUUCAUUUUGUGUAAGUUGUCUAUGUGGACCCUCCGUUUCUGUUUUCAAGAGCUCUAGCCUCAAAUGAACACUCACACAAAUGAUAUUGUAAGCAAAAUGUUCACUUUCAAAGUGCACCUUGUUAAUAUUUUUCUAAUUUUUAGUAAUGAUUUUUUAAUCAUCAUUUGGUUGCUUUACACGCAAAUAUAUAUUUAUGUAAUUUUAUAUAUUGUAUACAUAUGUAUUUUAUAAUGGUCAUAUAUUGAGCUCAACUGUGGUAUUACUUUGUGACCUUUGACAAUUCUGAUAAAACGUAAUUAGUUGCUUA